GAAAAUGAAAAUUCAGGAUAUUAAAAACAAUAUUAAAGAAGCUAUAGAGACAAUAGUGACGGCAAUGGGCAAUUUGGCACCUCCAGUUGAACUAGCCAAUCCAGAGAACCAGUUUCGAAUCGACUACAUCUUAAAUUUAGCUAACCAGAUAGACUUUGAUUUCCCACCAGAGUUUUAUGAACACACAAAAACACUUUGGCAAGACGAAGGUGUGAAAGCUUGCUACGAGAGGUCUAACGAAUACCAGUUGAUUGACUGUGCACAGUAUUUCCUAGACAAGAUUGACAUAGUCAAACAAAAUGAGUAUACACCGUCUGACCAGGAUCUUCUCAGAUGCAGAGUUUUGACAUCAGGAAUUUUUGAAACCAAGUUUCAGGUGGACAAAGUAAAUUUUCAUAUGUUUGAUGUUGGAGGGCAACGAGAUGAACGCCGAAAAUGGAUCCAGUGUUUUAAUGAUGUGACUGCUAUCAUAUUUGUGGUGGCCAGCAGUAGCUACAACAUGGUCAUAAGAGAGGAUAAUCAGACCAAUCGGCUUCAAGAAGCACUAAACCUCUUCAAGAGUAUCUGGAACAACAGGUGGCUACGGACCAUUUCAGUAAUCCUUUUCCUGAAUAAACAAGAUUUGCUAGCAGAGAAAGUUUUGGCAGGGAAAUCUAAAAUUGAAGACUACUUUCCAGAAUUUGCUCGCUACACUACACCAGAUGAUGCAACACCAGAGCCUGGUGAGGAUCCCAGAGUUACAAGGGCCAAGUAUUUUAUUAGAGACGAGUUUCUUAGAAUCAGCACAGCAAGUGGAGAUGGAAGGCACUAUUGCUAUCCUCACUUCACAUGUGCAGUGGAUACAGAGAACAUCCGGAGGGUUUUCAAUGACUGUCGGGACAUUAUUCAGCGCAUGCACCUUCGCCAAUACGAGUUGUUGUGAUGGAGAGCACUUUUUUCUGUGUUUUGGACUCCUUAUUCCUUAUUAAAAAGAAAAAAAAACACCCUUGCCCACAUAGGGUGGAAGAGAACUGUUUGAAUCUCCCAUUGAUUUGCACCCCUCAACUUUUUCUCCUUGCUGGACAAUAGCAGCACUUCUAAGCUUGCUUCUGUACCCCUCGGACAGUUUGAGAUGGCCCCUAACACUUACAGGCCGUUUCCAUGAGGAUUCCCUAACACUGUUAUUAACAAAAAAAAGAAAAAAAGAAAUAAAAACUAAUUAAUUAAAAGCCCUGAAUGUGGAGCACCUGAAAGAAUUGGGGAUAAAAAUUUAAAACAUACAAAAAAAAUUGGGGAGAGAAAACUUUAGGUAAUUUAGCACUGUUGUGGGCAUAAUCAUAUAACUCGUGAUCUCCACUUUGUUAUCAUUCACUGCAUCAGACAAAAGAAGGUGCCAAGUCACAGACCAAGUUUGAAGACAGACACUUGAGUUUUGGUUCUCUGACUGUAAUGUGGCUUUGAACGGAAAUACUGACAAUUCUGCAACAGACCUAGACAGUGCAAAAACCAACUGCUACCUUUCAGAAGGGUAUUUUUAAAUCCAGUCUUGGUGGUCUUAAGACAACCAUGGACAUUUAUGAAUUGAACUGCGUAUAGCCUGUGAUUGCAGAAAGAGUUAACCACACACUGUUUUCAGUUUGUCCACUGAUGAUCCCGUCUGCUAUAAAAAUCAUUAUCUGGACUGUAGUCCUCACAGUCUUUCCCUUCUUUUUCUUCUUCCCUCCCCUCAUUUUUUAUUUUACUGCUGGAUUAUUAUUCUUGUACAGACUGUAAAAUGUAUUAUUUUGUACAACUUUAUUGAAAAAAAUAACUUGUAGAAGAUCUUUGUGCCUUGAUUAUGGCUGUACCUGUACAAUGAGCUAAGAUGUAAGUAUGUUUGAUUGCGCUGUACAGCUUUGUCAACCCUAUCGGCAGCACUAGCUCAAGGUAGGGAAAAUUUAUCUGUAGUUUAGUUUUUCUGGUUUAUAAAAGAAGGAAAAAUACUGUUUAGUAAAAAAAAAAAAAAAAGAAAAAAAAGAAAAAAAAGUACAAAUUGUGCAAACUUAACCACUUUAAAAGUGAGGUCUUCAACAAGUGACCAGAUGUUGCAGCAUCAUGCUUUUUAAUUUUUAGCUUUAAUUCAUUUAAAUCUCUAUCCAAAUGCAAAACAUGGCUUGUUUCUACAUAAACCAAAUUUUGCUACAAAUUAUAAAUGUUAGUCUUUGGUCAUUCAUAGUCCUUUUUGCUAAAGACAAACAGAACAAUAACAGACACGUAGGGCGUCAUGCAGGUCUGGUGACCAUCUCUAGACUGGGCCAAAUACCCCACCAACCUCCACUUAUACGCGUGGGCAUAAUACUACCAGAAUGACAAGGUGUGCACUGCCCUUGGAUUUGGCCACUGAAUUCCAGUUUCAAAUGACAUUUUUAUUUCUCUUUUAAUAAAGAGAUACUUUAGAACCUUUUUGUUUUAUAUUAACUAUAUAAGUAGCUUAAAGUGAAGAUGUGUGGAUUUUUCUUAAACUUGAAUAAUUUAUGCAAAUUAUAUGCUUAGAACAACAUGUGGUACAGUAAAAAGAAAAAGAGCAAAAAUCACUGUAGCAAUAAGAGAGCAUGUAAUUUUAGUAACUACUACACUGCUUUAUAUUUUAUACCUAGGUGUUUUAUGUCUCUGUGAGUGUGUUACUUUUUCAUGUGUCUAAACCUACAUGUACAAUUUGUACAGAGUCAGAAAUUACAGCUGUAAUAACACAUCUAGAACAGUGUUAGCCUAUAUUACUCAAACACUUGUUUCCCCCUCCAUUUACACCCCUAAACUGAUCUGGAUCUUAAUGCAGUGACUUUAAAAGGAAAACAAAAAAAAAAAAAACCCAAAAUACUUGCCUCUUUUCCUUUCACGCUAGCUUCCCUCCACCCAAGAUACCGUGUUAAGUUUCUUUUUUGGGAAGAGGUCCAGUUUAAAUUAAAAUUAGGGUGCGGUCAGUAAUGUCUGUGCAGCUAGAUUUGCUUCAGGUAUCAGAUGCCUUUUUAAUACUAAGAACUGCAACUGUUCAGAAUUGUGAAGUUUUCAUUGCUUUUGUGGCUAAACUUUUAAAUUAAAAUUAAUCACCUAGUAGUCCAUUUUCACAUAUGUAAAGAGUAAGGACUUGAUGGAGUUAAUGUCCCAAUCUCUCUUGAUUCAAAAGUACUAGUGCUUUUUCAGAAGACAUUAAAUCGUCUAAAAAUUAUAGCUGCGGUUGCUGCUCAGUUUUAAAAAACAAACUAUCUUUCCUGUUCACAGGUUUGGAAAGUUGCCCUCUGAACCUCAUAGAACGGUAGGAGAACAUGACCCAAAAUAGCCCUCUACGAUUUAAGAAUGUAUCCAGUGCCUGUAGGUUAAGGGCUGGUGUUUUCAAUAGGUAAAAUUGGGACACAAAUAGUGGAAAUGAAAUGUAUUGUGAGCCUUAAUUUUAGUUACAGGAGCCAAAAUCUUUAAUUUAGUGCCAACCCUUAUCUUUUUAAGCCUAGGGGGGAGUUGGUGUGAACACCAAAAUUAUAAAUGGGGAAAACCUGUAGUGGUGAAAGGAAUGUAAUCUCUCAUCUGAGAGAAACAAAGCACCUCCAUUAAAAAUAAUGAAUAAAAUAACAAGUUCAGCUUCUUCCUGGGAUAAUGAGAAGGAUACAUAAUAACAAUGAGUUAAAUAAGACAAUAACAUUUUAGGAAACCUUUCUAUAAAGCUUUAUAUGAACAUAAAUGUUUGGGGGAUGCUUUUCUUUUUUUUAAGUGAGGAGAAAGGCAAUGUAUUGACUAUGGUUGAGUUGCACAAGUACGGAGCGUGUGUGUGUGUGUGUGUGUGUGUGUGUGUGUGUGUGUCUUAAUGUCUCAGUAUUGCCUUUGUUAGUCUCUUUAUUAGUCCAUGCAGUUUGGUGGCCUGGUAAAUGCAAGUCUUAUUUUUAACAGCUUUCUUUUUUUUAAAUACAAAAACAUAAAGCUUUAAUGCUUGCUAUUUAAUAAGUAACUGUGUUUUCUUCUGUCUCUAAUUUAGUGGCCAUAAUUUGCAGUUAAUUGAACCAUUCCAACCUAAUGCUUACCCAUAUUUUCCUAGUUUUGUUUUAUUUAUUUAUUUGAACUUCUUGUUUUCAUGAUUGAGGACUUUCACUUCUGUCUCAUUCAUCUGUUUGGAAACUUCUGACCUUACAGCCAAAACUUUACUCAUUCUAUUCAGUAUUCAUCAUGAUGCUGAAGUGUAAGAUACUUGCAAAUGUAAACACUACCACUUUUAUUAAUAAAAACAAAUACAGUGUUUUAGGGCACAUUUGCAUCACUAUAGUUGAGGUUGUGUCAGUAUUUCCAUUAUAAACCCAUAGAGGGCCUAUAUCUUGGCACUAAAUUACCCUAAGCUAAAUCUUUGCCAUACAAGGCUUGUGCUCAAGCAUGAUUUGGUGGGUUGGUUUUUAAACACUUUCCAACACAAACUCUUGUUUCUGGUUUAAGUUAUACAACUGUUUUGUUGGAUGGGGGUUGGUUUAAAGAAAAAUACUGGUUCAAGAUUGUUUUUGGCACUUCUGUAACUCAGAAAUGGUUUUGAUUUAAAAACAUAACCUUUGGCAAGCCAGUAACCUACAAUAUGGUCUGAUCACUUUGGGUAUUUUGUAAAAAUAAUAAUAAAUUGUAGAGAUGUUGUGGUUUCAAAAUCAGCUACUGUGCAUUUGCAGUAACUUAUUUCAACCCAAGGACUUUUAGCAAUCUGUACAUCAGUGCACAUAUCCCUAAUCUGACUCAGCAGCCAGUGUAAUGCAUAUCUCCUGAAGGUUUUUUUUUUUUUUUAUAUAAAAGUGUGGGGAGGUAAAUUAACUACAGACUGAAAAAGGUUCAGCUGCUUCUGAACGCAUGAAAACUGCUCUCUUAAAAGAGAAGCUGCAACUUGGAGGUCUAUAUAAGUAAGUUGUUAGGAGUAGGCUUUGAUGUAAAGCAUAUGAAGGCAUGCUGGAUCAGGUGUCAUAAGUAGGAGCCCACAAGCUUACCGUCAUUUAUCUAAAAUCUCUUCUGAAUCAUUGGCAUUGAGGAUAAGAUUUAACCCCGGGUAUGUGAUGGGGAAUUAGUUUGAGGAACUGGAGCUAAUUCUGCUCCAGUAUGUUGCACAUAAUUGACACCUGCAGCAUAACUUUAUUUUACCAGUAAAUCUAUGCACAGAAAUCCUAGCAUUCAUCACUUUAGAAUCUGAGCACCUUAUAAUUAGUAAUGGCGCAAUAUUCCUGUAAGUGAUGUAGGCUGUUUUGUACUAUAUCCUAUUUUCAAAUGCGGAAAAUGACGUACCAAGAAAAAUGAAAGAUGUACAUAUGAUUACACAGAAAGUUGACCACUGAUACAGAGACAGAACCCAUGUCAUCUGAGUACCAGUCCAGUGCCUUAGUGAUAAUACUGUUGGUGAUUGGUGCUAUACAAAUGCCUAUGAUUGAAAAAGUAAUUCUAAAAUAUAAAAGGAUGUCACUUAUUCCGGAGGAAAGUAAGUUCUCUUCUUUCCCCAACCCUUAUCUAAUAUAAUAUGUGUGUUUCUAAAAAUCCUGGCACUCGUAACAACUCUUCCAUUGAAGUUGAUGAUAAAAAUUCCUACUAACUGAAGAAAUAGGCUCAGGGCCAUAAAACAUUAGCAGUGGAAAUUUAGCACAGAGACAGAUCCUUAUCCCUAAAAUACAUGUUGAGUUUGUAUCACAGAAAAAAUAUUUACAAGCAGAUUUCUGUUUGCACUCCUAGAACAAAACUGUUCCUCAGCUUGAUAUUUCUGAAAAUUCAUCCACUGGGGAAAAGUCUUUCUCUACUGUAACAAACUUUAAAGUGUCUUUGUAAAUGAAAUAAGCUACAAAGGAGAUUACUGAACCUCUGCUGUUGAAAGCCAUUACCUUGAAAAAUCAGCCCACCGGUGACUGACUGACAGGACAGACAUUACAGUUUAACAGACUGAACCUAGUGAUGACCAGUUAGCUCAAAUAUUGUGAGUGGUGUGUUUCAGUUAACUAGGUAGGCAAACUGCUUUAGAAGUACCUUACCGCAUUGCACAGAUUACUAAAAUUUCAGCCAUUGAGUACUGGCUUGAUUGUUUUCAAUUCAGAUGUUCAUGUUAUUAAAAGUCAAAACUGCUUUUUACCCUGUCUGCCUUUAAUGUACUGAGCUGAGCAAAAUGGGUGCAGUUUAAAGCACAAUUCUACUCAGAAAAGCACCUGGGGAGGGACAGGAGGGCGCUAAUCAUCUCUCACUGCAUUAAACAUAUAAAAAUAAUAAGAUACAUUUUUCUAACUGCUGGGCCCUGCAAACUCAGUCUCGUUCUGUGGAAUAAAAUAGGAACUUCUCUAGGUUAACAAUAACAACAAGUGCUCACUGAUACCUAUGAAUCAAGGGGUAACUGAACAAAUAGGUAAUAAAUAAUUUUAACUUCAAAAAAACAUAAAAUAGAAUCUGCAGUUUUUCCAGUUUAGUCUGUCUCAAAAAACUUUAAUAACAGGAAAAAGUAAAGCUUUCAAACAUGACCCCUGAUACAGAGAGAAUGACAGACCUUUGAGGGAGAAGAUACCAAUCUUAGGUUUCUUUUAUGUAAUAUAACAUGCUUUGUAAGGCUGGGGAUACCAGUAGACAAAUGUAAGCAAAUUCAAAAUUAAAAUGUGAAUGUCUCUCCUCACUUUAAUUUACCCAGUUGUUUUAUUAAAUGAGAUGACUGAUACUUUUGUUUGAAACGUACAACUACUAUUCAAGUUUAGAGGAAGAACAGGCCUAUUAGGACAGAGGUGGUAAUGUUGGGAAUUCUCUUGGUUUUGUUGUUCUGUUAUGCAAACUAAGGUUUUUAGGCUGUGAAUUUUAUACAAAUUAUUAAUAGUGAAAUAUAGUGUUUCUGUUGGUAGUUUUCCUGUAUUUGAUACAACUUUGGAAUUGUAUCAUUCUUGCAAGUAAAUUGCUAGAAUGCAGGUGGAGUUCAGGUGGAGAAAGGAACUGCUGUAUAAAGAUCAUGAAUCACCACAUCAGGCUUGUCAAUGUCAGGAUAUCUGGAAGGGGUUUCCAUUCCAGUGCAUUUUCACUAAACUGCCAGUUUUGUUUUGGCAAUAUCAAGAAAGCUGCCAUAAAAAGACCAUAUGGAGGGGUAGGGUGACAAAAACAGAUACACGCCUAUUGAAGACUUCCAAGUAUUGUUGAAAGGUAUUUUAAACUUCUAUUAACCUACAACCAUAGGAGGCAAAAUGUCUUUGCUGAAGUGUGUGUAUGAUGAUUCAUAUAUAUCUCUCAGUAUUUUUAACCUCCCUUGUCUGUUUGCUUGAAGGCACGAUAUCCAAAAUGAAGUCUAAGUAACACAUUUUAUGAAAGUUUUGGUGCUAAUCUUGAGUUCUGUUUCCCACAGGGCAAAGCUGUGCUGGGCUACAAAGUUUCAUCUAUAUAAGAGAGUCUGGAAGCCCAGUGCUGCCAAAUCGAUGGCUGUUGUUAACCUAUUUGUGAUUUAAAACUGGGGAGCCUACUGUGGCCCAGAAACUGCUCUUAUAAUUUAUAUGGUUGAUAAGAGAGACUAGAGCAGCUGUUAAAAAAGUUAUAAGACAACCAAGUUGAAAGUUCAAAGGAACUAGGGAAAGUCAGAUGAACAGACUGCUAAAUUCUUCACCUUGGACGUUAAAAAAUAUAUAUUUAUAGGGGAAGUUCUUCAUUCCCCAGGUAAGUGACCUGAUUUGGAUCCUUACACAAAUUUUCAAAGUCAGAGAAUGUAUUUAUCUAAAAGGCCAGGACAUCCCCAACUGAGGAACCAAUGAAAAAUACACCUACUACCUACAUUAUAGAAGAAACUCGGGGAUAUUUAAGUGAAGUGUAAGCUUAAUGUGUCCAGUUAUCCAUAUGCAAAUCAAGUGGAACUUGCUUUGAAACAAGAAAAUGUUUCCACUAUAGGCUCAUCUUAAGCACAUUGUAAGGCUAUGCGCUUAAACAAUCCACAGUAUAUAAAUACAGUUCCAACAUCUAAGCUGAUGUUUGAAGGAGACUUUAGAAUGGCAUUUUGUCUGUAACAUGGUAACUAUCUUAUUUUUUUCUCAUUCUUAAAAACAUUCUUGUUUUGUCUCUGAGUACUUCUCAGUUACCUAGCGAAGUGUUAGCAUGUUCAGCAUCUAGAAUUAACAGUUACCCAUAAUUUUUAAAAAGUGCUUAAUCUUGAGGUUCUGCUUAAAAAGGAAGAACUCUUCAACCGAACCUCAUUAGCCUGACUUGCUGCUGCUGUAUUAUCCUACUUUCUUAUCUCUAGUUGAAUGUAUCGGCAGAUUUGUAAAGGGCUAACAAUUAUGACAUACAAAUUUAUGC